AUAGUAAUCUCAUUACAGGUGUUACCUCACGCACAUUUGAGUAAAUUGUCACGAGUCAAAUACCAAGAAAGAUUCGUAAGCUCUCCGCGCGGAGCGCCGGUGUGUGAACGACCUGUCGAAAGGCUAAAUGCCGAUAGGAAAUGUUUGCUAAAAAGAAAAAGAAACCACAGAUAUCUACUCCAACAAAUUUUGAACAUCGUGUACAUACUGGAUUUGAUAAACGUGAAGGAAAAUUCGUUGGACUUCCAUUACAAUGGGCUUCUAUUGUUGGAAACAAUCAAAUUUUAAAAUCUACAAAUAGACCAUUACCUUUGGUAGAUCCAAGUGAAAUUACACCUACAGAAAUUCUAGAUUUAAAAACUAUUGUUCGAGGCCAUAAUGAUCCAAAAGGAAGAACUUUCAGUGGUGAGAAAAACACUGAAAAUGGAUUACCCAAAACUAGUACAGUUGCUAGAUCUAAUUCUCUUCGUUCUUCAAGUCCACCAAAACUUAGAAGAGAUUACAGGCAUAAUAAUAAUUUACCACCCUCUGUGCCAGAAGGUCAAGAAAUGUCAUCAAAUACUAAUCAAAUUCAGGGUUAUACUAAUUUUGGAAAACAACACAAUUACCUUGAUAAAUUGAGACAAAAUUCAUCUAAUGUUACAAGUGGAUUACAUUCCAAUACACAAAACAUGAUUCCAAAUCUUCAAAACCUUAAUCCAAAUAUGCAAUCAUCUCCUAAUUUAACACAUGUUGGUUCAAAUGCACAUUUGUCUUUAAAUUUCCAAAAUUUAAGUCCUAUUAAUACUCCACAAUGUUCUAUACAAAGUCCUAGUACUCCUCAACUUAUAGAUUCUGAAUUUCAUAGGAUAAAUACUCAAAUAUCUAUAACAUCUGGUCAAUAUAAUGGAAAUGUUCAGGCUUCAAAUAUUGAUACUUCUUCAAAGGACCAACAAAUAACUCAAAAUACUCUUUUGCAUAAAUUACAACCUAAAAUCUCACCAGUAGGUUCUAUUGCUUCUCAACGACCAUUAAGCCAAUUAAGUACACAUAAUGUUAAUAAAUAUUCACAAGGAUAUAGUACAUCUGAAAAUUCUUCUAUUUUGCAAUCUCAUAUAAAAAAAUCUAUUGAAACAUCUCAAUCAAUGCAUAAUUUAUCAAAAUCCAAUUUACCAUCUUCUGGAAACAAUUCGAUACCUGAUCAAAAUCAAAAUAUGAAAAGUGCUUUGUCUUCGGGAAAUCUGGCAGUCAGUUCAAGUUCAAAUACAACGAAUAAACAAACAGCGGAACAAAGACUUACUCAUGAACAAUUUAGAGCAGCUUUACAGAUGGUGGUAAGUCGAGGCGAUCCAAGAGAAAAUUUAGAAAAUUUUCUUAAAAUCGGUGAAGGAAGUACAGGAACAGUAUGUAUAGCAACUGAAAAAAAUACAAAUCGACAAGUUGCAGUGAAAAAAAUGGAUUUGAGAAAGCAGCAAAGACGUGAAUUACUUUUUAAUGAAGUAGUUAUCAUGAGAGAUUAUCACCAUCCAAACAUCGUUGAAAUGUAUGAUAGUUUUUUAGUAGAUGACGAAUUAUGGGUCGUAAUGGAAUAUCUUGAAGGAGGAGCGCUUACGGAUAUUGUAACUCAUUCUCGCAUGGAUGAAACUCAAAUUGCCACAGUAUGUUCUCAAUGUUUGAAGCCUCUUGCAUAUUUGCAUUCUCAAGGUGUUAUUCAUAGAGAUAUUAAGUCCGAUUCUAUACUACUAACGGCUGACGGUAGGGUCAAGUUAUCCGAUUUUGGAUUUUGUGCUCAAGUAUCUCAAGAAUUACCCAGGCGAAAGUCUCUCGUUGGAACGCCAUAUUGGAUGAGCCCAGAAGUUAUUUCGAGGUUACCAUACGGUCCUGAAGUGGAUAUUUGGUCAUUAGGUAUAAUGAUUAUCGAAAUGGUUGAUGGAGAGCCACCAUUUUUUAAUGAACCUCCUUUACAAGCUAUGCGACGUAUUAGAGAUAUGCCACCACCAAAAUUAAAAAAUUCUCAUAAAGUCAGUCCACGUCUUCAAGGAUUUCUGGAAAGAAUGCUUGUUCGUGAUCCAGCACAAAGAGCUACAGCAACUGAAUUGUUACAACAUCCGUUUCUUAGGCAAGCACAGAGUCCAAGUAUUUUAAUUCCACUGAUGAGAGGUUCUAGACAUACGAACUGCUAAUAAAUCGGUGUAAAAAAUAAAAAUAAGGGUGGUAAUUAAUUCAUUAAAACGUACAUAGAUUAUAAAAGUAAUCAUAAUUACGAUCUUAUUUUUUAAGUUGUUGUUAGAUGUUACAUUUUAAAAUAUGUAGAAUUUAGAAACAUUUAAGCGAUUUUCAUUGU